AACUUUAAUUUUCUUUUCGACCUACUUUUUGUCUCUUUGGGAUACCCUACGAAUCAACAAAAAUGUCGGGCCGUGGCAAGGGAGGCAAAGGGCUGGGCAAGGGCGGAGCUAAGAGGCACCGGAAGGUUCUCCGGGAUAAUAUCCAAGGCAUAACCAAGCCAGCGAUUCGAAGAUUGGCUCGUAGAGGCGGCGUGAAGAGGAUCAGCGGCUUGAUCUACGAGGAGACACGUGGCGUCCUCAAGAUCUUUCUGGAAAACGUCAUACGUGAUGCCGUUACCUAUACGGAGCACGCCAGGCGUAAGACGGUCACCGCCAUGGAUGUUGUCUACGCUCUCAAGCGGCAGGGAAGGACUCUUUACGGUUUCGGUGGUUAGGUUGAUUUUAGGCUGUAAUUGGUUCCUUUGUAUAUCUUUUGCAACAGAUCGUUGGUGUUGGUUAUUAGUGUGAUGGUGAACUUUCAUUAGAAUGUUUUCUGGUUUUUAUCUCGAAUUAAAAUUUCCUCAGACCUUUCGUUGAA